AUGGCAAAACCUCUACCACCUCCAGAUGAUUCCUAUAUUAAGUAUCUCGAAGCACGAACGAGGCUGGUUGAGAUGCACUUAAAGAAGCUACUAUUGGGGGUUAAUACCAAGAGGGACAUUGACCAUCUACUAGACCAGGAGCCGGCCGAGUCUUCUCGAGAAAGAGAACCAGUGAUAGAGUUAGGUCGAAACAAAACAGAACACGAUACAUCGAGCUUGCAAGCUAGUCCUUUGAGCAGUCCAGCUUUGACUGAAUUAAUACAGCGGAUGCGAUUACUGGGAACUGAUUCUUGUUCGGAAGGCCAGGGCUUGAUUGAUAGUAACACAUUAUGGGCCGAUAGCGCGUUUACAAAAUCUUACGAACGUAUCUUUCAUGGCCACUCUAGUACUCAUGUUCUUUCUCGUGACGCUGCAGCGUUUCGUCAGGAACAUAGUAUCGGUGAUUUGAAAAACUCAUCAAGUAUUGGUACAGCUUGGAGCCUGCCAGAGUCUUGGAGGACCGAUCGCGCUAUUACACAGCACCACGAACACACUCUCAGUGACAGGAUGAUGGAGCACCUGCUUGGAGAACUUCCGCCAGUGGACUUGAUGCCCGUACUAUUGGAUGCCUACUUUGAUAACACAUUCUUUCCUGUUAUUCACCGUCCCUUGUUCGUAAAGCAACUUGGAGAGGGUGUGCACAGACGCGAGCCGUCAUUCCUUCGUCUUGUUUUUCUCGUAUGCGCAAACGGGGCAAGAUGGUGCGAUGACCCUAGGGUCCUAGACGAAAGGUGGCCUGUGCCGUUAAGUGCGGGACAUCGUUGGUUUAGACAGCUGGAUCUAUGGCCAAGGAGUAUACUAUCUUUGUCCAGGCUGACACUGUGGGAUGCACAAUCGACGGUGCUUACAGCGUUAUACCUUUGUGGUUCCUCAGCGACAUAUGGAACGUGGCAUGUAGUUGGAACUGGCAUCCGAAUGAUGCAAGAUAUUGGCUCCCACCGAAUGCAAUCACCACAGACAUUGGAAACCGAACUGCAUAAGCGGUGUUUUUGGUCGAUGCUGUUAAUUGAUCGGUAUUACGGAGCUCACUUCGGGCGAUGUACGGCAAUGUUUGAUUGGGACUCCGACUUGGAUAAUGUCUCGGAAAUUGAUGAUGAUUUAUGGUCAUUAGAACCAGGGGCCUCUCCCCCAGCGCAGCCAUACAGUACCUCUCCAAAACUGAGCAUAUUCAAUCAAGCAAUUGGGCUAAUACGACUUUAUGGGCGAUGCCUCCAGACCGUGUACACGCCCAACCGAACAAAACGAAUGAUUGGGUUGGGCGGGCCGCAAGGCUCAUCGUGGGCGUUCAAUGAUAUCAACAUCAGACUGAAAGAAUGGGUCCGGGGUCUUCCAUCUCAUCUACAACUUCCUCAUGCACAGCACUACAACAAUUCGUCCUUUUUCGCAAGUCUCAUCACGCUGUGGGCGAUAUACUAUGAGCUGGUCGUUUCAGCAAAUCGAUCCUUUAUUACCAUGUCGUCGUCAGUAGCCCUGCCUGCUCUAAAGAUAUGCAGAGAAGCUGCACGGGAAUUCGCUAGUAUGGCCGUUGCUUAUUCCAAUACACCUGGCUCGCGCCUAGUCAUUGGGAUGACCCACCCAGCCUUCUCUAGUGCAAUGAUCCUGAUUAUGGACUUGAUGCCGGAACUGGGUCAAUUCAAUGCGAUGAAUUGA